AUGGAAAAAAAUUUUACGUCACUCUUAUUAAUUAAUGUUACUUUUUUUAUAUUUUUAACUUGUAUAUUCUAUUUCAGAAAUGAUGUGAGUAUAUUUAACAAAUCAUUAGAUGGAAAACACAAUGUAAAUAGAAAAUUAGGUUUAAGAACUAAUAGAUUAUUAGAAAGAUAUAAGCAUCAUAAAAAUUCAAGUAUGAUAGGGUUAAAAAAUAUUCCAUAUAAUGAAGGAACAAAAAAAAAGGAUACAUUUAUUGAGGAAUGGUCAAAAACAGGGAAAAAAAAUUCAAAUAUAGGUUUAUCCAAUUAUGAAAAUCACCAUAAACAAGCUGAAAAAAAUAAAUCUAUUAUAUUUGAAACAAAAAAAUACUCUCAUCUUGAAAAAAAAAUAUUCAAAGAAUUGGAUUAUUUAAGUUUUCUUAAAAACAACAGGACAAUCAAUGAUAAAGUCUACCAAAAAAUAAUGCGUAGAAAAUUCCGAUUACGAAUUUUUAUACCUCUAAUAUUGUUAAUGUUGUUUUCAAUAUUUAUCUUAGAUAUUUUUUGCAAUUGUGGGCUUAAAUGGGGAUUGAUUAGAUUAGUGACUUUGUGUCAUGGAAAGGGUUGGUAUGGCCCUUUACACAAAUUUUUGGAAAAAUCCGAGUUAAAUUGGUUAUUCAAAUCUACGAAGGAAAUAGAAAAAAUGAUGUUAAAGUGUGAGAAAGGUAAAUCAAUUCCAGUAAAAGGACAUGUUUAUGUAGAGAGUUUUUUUGGUUAUAUUGUUUAUAUAGUACCAUUAUUAAUAUUAGGUAUCACAAUUAUAUUAGGGCUUUUUUACUACCAUAAAAAAGUUAAGAAAUAUCAAAAAAUAAAAUUUAGGAAAAGAUAA